GCGAGUCCAUACAACUAUCACCCAGAGAGUAUAGAAUUAUUCUAUAGUGAGAUUCAAUGUGAACUGUAAGCGCUACAUAUUCCUCAACUUCGAUGCUUCCCAUUCAAUCAGUGCUAACAGUCCAAUGAGAUCCAAACUAUAUACUGUGCUUCUACCAGAGGAUGUGUGAUUUGAUACGAUAAAAUUCAUAAUAUUAUAAUAGCUAAAGACAAUAUAAUAUUAUAAUAGCUUCAGACAUCGAAAAUGUCUUGUGCAAGUAGCAACAGUUUGGCGAUGCUGCUGAUAUUAAUUGCAGCCGCAUCCGUACAUCCUGAAGUAAUUAUUACAGGAGGAAACGGGAAGAUGAAAUUCAUAAAAAAUAAGUCAUGCCGUAUUCCUGACUCGGAUGAGCGCUAUUACCUUUCAUUCGACGGAACAAGAAGACUUCAUCCGAGAGAUCGAAUCGGAGGCAACGGACAAGAAGCUGUUAGAGUGAGAUGCUUUGAUCUUACACAGGAAAGCAAAGCGCCCGAUCUUGUGAUUUGUUUCGACGGAGAAUGGUACCCUAGUGAUCACCGAUGCCUUGUGAAAACUUGCAGUCCGGUUCACAACACAGCUACAACAGUUUUCACCUGCACCACUCCCAAUGGUGUGAACGUCGCUUGCAAUCAACCGGUUCCAGUCAACACAGAAAUCACCAUUCAAUGUCCAUAUGCAGGAUAUUUUACAAAUCCAAGCGGAGAGAAUAAUAGAAAAUUGUGUUUAGAUGGUGAAUGGGAGAACUUAUAUAUGUGCCAACAUCAAUGUGGUCUAGUAAUUGACAAACCUCCAACAAAGGGUAAGGCAGAAAAGUUUGAAGAAGCACUCUACCACAACCCGUGGCAUGUCGUCAUCUAUCAUUUCAAAGAUAAGAAAUGGUCGCAAAAGUGUGUGGGAACAAUUCUCAGUAAAUACGUUAUCAUCACUACUGAAAGUUGUUUGAAUCCUAUCGAUGAUAAGGCAACAGCAAACCCGCUAAAAUCAUUCAAAGUAGCUGUUGGUCAGUAUUACAAAGAUUAUAAAACAGCGCAAACGUUAUCGCGCAUUUAUGAUAUAGGUAGAAUCUUCCUAUCGAAGAAACCAGGGAUCGCCUUAAUCACAACUAAAACCGAUAUAGAGUUUAAUGAUAUAGUAAGAGAUGUCUGUUUACCUGACACCUGGUAUCCAGAAAUGCAAACAAAUUUGCAGAUGGCGAUUUUGAAAGAAAAUUUCAACACAGGUUAUACCUUCAAGGAUACUAGAUUUUUGAUACCUUUUUCAAAUGCUGAACUUCGUAAUGAGUACCAUGAAACUGGUAAGUGCACUGCAAUUUUUGAAAAUGGCGGAAAGUUCAAUGCCACCGAUAUUGGUGCCGGAUUAGUAGCUCUUGUUGCACUUCCCAAUAAGCGUUAUCAUUACUAUUUGACAGGAGUACUCGUUAAUUCAACAGAGAACUAUUUAUUAUUCAUAGACGUUUUGGAUGAGGAACAUCAACGGUUCAUCAACACAAUAAUAAAGCCUUGAAGCAAAGUGAAUAAUAGAACUCAACUUGAUCGCAGUGAAAUGAUAUUAUAUUCAUCUUCAAUUUAUCAUUUUAUUUUAUGAUUAUUAAUACUGUACAGUCAUAGACAUCCCGGAAAAUAUUCCUUACAUGACAGUUGUCAGUGAAGAUCUUUAGGGUCGGUUUCCGAGCUCGGUAUUUAGCUGUUCUAGACUCUAAACAGCUGGAUUCAGAAAAUUGGCUUUCCGAAACGGGGCGUAGUCGCAGUCCAAGGAUGGAAUACAUCUAUAGACUAUUCUUGGUCGCAGUCCACGUUUGAAUUGAAUUUCGAAAAACUAGAAAACUUAACACAAAAUAAAAUAGAGAGAAAAUAGUGUAAAGUUUCAGCUAUUUUGAAUUAUUUAGGAAUGUUUCAUUUCGUGAAGGGGAAACUUUCCCAAUUUUGAAAAUUAUGAAAUAAAGAUUAUCAUGAAAACUACGACUGCGCCCCGUUUCGGAAAGCCAAUUUUCUGACUCCAGCUGUUUAAAGUCUAGAACUCAGCCAAAUCCUGAGCUCGGAAACCAGCCCUCAAGAUUUUCACUGGCAACCGUCAUGUGAGGAAUUUUUUGUGAUGUCUAUGUACAAUAUAGUCUAUUACCUUCAAAUUUUCAUUGAUAGAUCUUGAGAUUAUCAAUGAUAAUGAUAAUGUUCUGAAAGUCAUUGUAACUGUGAAUUAUCAUUGGAGAAAUAUGGAAGUCCAUCCCAAAAUUUGCAGGAGCUUUAUAGCUAAUAUCGGGGGACCGAGCUUCGCUCUGGAGUGUAAAAGCAUAGAAAAUUUGAAUUAAUGAAAGAUUGAAUUUAUAGUUUAUAUUUAUUUAUUCAUUUUCUCAGUCGUACAAUUAUUUUACAGUUAUAUGAAGAGGCACAACAGGCUUAUGCCUGUGCUUUUUUUAUACUACAGUCCAAAUCAAAAUCUAGGUUAAGCUACUAUCACUCAUCAAAAUAACAAUUUAUUCACACUUCAAAAAACAAACAUAUCAUCAAUUACAAAUAGAUAUACUAUGAAUUCGAUUUAGAAUGAUAUACUAUGUUUGCUAAAAUAUUUGUUAAUAUACUAUGUACUAUUCUACACUUACAGAAUCUAGUUACUAUUUGUGAUUUUCUGAAGUAAACAUGUUUUCUAAAAAAAAGAGAAAUAUACGAAAAUAAGUUUCUCUUGCU